CAAAACAAAGAUACACAGAAAUAAUUUAAUAAAUUUAGGAAAUACCCUAUCAUUAUUGUUAACCAAAAUUCAAUGGAAGACAUGUAGAAAAAUAAUGAUCGUCACAUUUUAUCUGAAUUAUACUUCCUCUUAGUCACAUCGAUACCUACCCAUCACUGCGUUUAAAUUUCACGAAUGAUAUCUAUAAAUAUUUUAUUAAUGUUAUUAGCAAUAACAAAUGUUUAGAACCGUAUACUACUACUAGUAUGAAAUUCAUAUAUUUUUUGUUAUUUUUGGUGUAUUGUUGUCCGUUUGUUUUGAGUGCUCCAGAAAUAUGCCCAACUACAAAUUUAAAAGAAGGGUUAGUGAAGUUGUAUUAUUGUCAAUUUAUAGAAAUUGUAACUUUUCAAAAUAAAACAGAGAAGAUCAACUCACGUAGCCAGGAGAUAAAAGAUUGCCAAAACGCCGCGCAGUCCGGCCAAUUUGUCGACAAAUUUGGAGUAACACAUUUGAUUCGAAAAAAUAACACCCUUUAUAGGAAUGUUACGUUCAUCCAAAACGACGGACAAACUUUUAUACCUAUAAAUACAGUAUAUUCCAUAUCAGCAAUAGAAGUAAUUGCCAAAGUGAAUUUCGAAAGUAAUAAAAUCGUUCUUCGUUCAGGAACAAUAUGCCGAUACAGUGAAGGAAAAUGCAACGAUGAUAAAGAAAUUACCCUCAGUAUAAACUGGAAAGUCGGUGACGUCGUCAAAAAUUACACUUCGAUCAUAGAUUGCAUGAAUAAUUACGUAUAUUUAUUGGAACAAAAAGUUCUCAAUUCAGAAUCACAAUUAUCUGUUAAUUUCCAUAUUAGUUUGAUCAUUAUCUUCAUAAUAUUUAUAUAUUUAUGCAAACGUUGUUACAGUGUCUAUUUUAAUUGGAAAACCAUGAAAACGAACACUAACGGCAACAUCGUUUUCGAUAACUUCUUUCAGGCGCAUUUCAAUCGAAGAAUUUGGAAGGAAAUGAUCGAACUAAAAAUGAAAAUUUAUUUCGACACUCAUCAUCAUUAUGAUUGUAUUGAUUGCAUAAAAAAAACCGAGUUUGAAUAAAUUUUUUAGAGAAUAAAAC